AAGCUGACGUCACGAAAAUCUGGUCGUGUGAGUUUUAUAAACAGUGGUUGACGAUGCUCAGCGUGAUUCCCAAGUUGACGUGUACCGAGUGCGGAAUCUAUUUCGCUUGUCAUCCACAGAAAUACCUGAACAAAAUAUUUCAGUAAACGGGACAGUGUGAGUUGGCGAAUCCAGGAUUAUCGUAAUUUUUCUUAGUGACAGGUGUAAAGAUCUAAUGGCGGGACGAAAACUACCGAAAGAAGCCCAGGCAGCGUUCGAUAAAUACACACAUAACUUUGUGAGGAGGUUAAAGAGGCCAGAAGCUUUGAAAAUGUUCGUCAACGAAUACAAGCUUUCAGAUGAGCAAGCAAGUGAAAUGUUUGAUAUUUUCGAUAUCGACAAGAACGGAGAACUCAGUAUUUGGGAAUACCAACAGUUCUAUACCACAUUUGGUGAUAGUGUACACGAGGUCUUCGAAUUGUUUAACAAGGCCCAGAAAGCUGAUGGAUCCGGUUUCGUGGACAUGGAACGCACUUGGGAAGCACUUAAAGAAAUAAAGACCAAGUCUGAUCGCGUAUUGACUGAGGUCGAACUAGAACAAUUUCUCCAGAAGGGAACAGACGAAAACAAAGAAAUAGACAUUAAAAGAUUUAUCAACAUAAUGGUCCGGAUAAAAACAUUCCGGGGAUAAACAGGUGGAUGUACACAUUAUAGAAGCAGAAAUAGCCAAUUACAUUACACAAUGGGUUUAUUUCCAGUUGGAAGCCAGAGGCGCUUGUUGUUGGAUUUUACGGAAUUCCUGUCGGUGAUUUAUUCCUUUUUCUCCGUUUUAUCACUCGUUAUUUCCCUAUUUUUACAUAACAUUUUGGAUGAGCACGAUAUUUAACGAUGAAGACUUAUAUAGGAACUGCCCGUUGUCUAAUCCUUUUGUUAACUGAAUAAAAUUUGUUGAAACCAAAUGUUGUUAAGUCCGUGUCAAAAUAGCAUCCGCAGCAUAUGAUGUCUUACAUUUACAAUUUACCUUUCGUAAACAAAAUGUUGCGAAUGUUCGUCUCGAAAAAGAAACAUGGCACGGAUCUUACAUGCGUGUCUAUGAUACAUCAUACCUCAUUCCAUGCAUUUUCAUAAAAGUAAAACAGACUCGUCAUGGUACCCAAUUCGGCUGUAUCCUGGUGGCAUUGUUUACAAGGAUCAACUUCACUUCACUUCAUCUAUUCACAGAAAUUCCCAUUUCCUGAGUUUGAAAUUUACAGUUAUAGUUGCUUUAAGAUCUUAAAAUGUAUUUCUAUAACACCUAUAUUAUUGUGACAGUAUAGAUCAUUAUUGACUUUCUGACAUAUAUAAUUUUUAAUUUUUAAAUUAAUAUGGAACAUUAUCAAUUAUUUGCAGAAGUUAGUAGUUAUGCUGUGACCGAUGCAUGGAUCAAUGAAUUGCCCUAAAAUCCAUCAGAAAUAUAUCGCGAUUUCUUUACGUCACAAAUUACUAGAUCUAUAUUUAUUUACUAUUGUUUGAAGUAUUGUAAUACUUACCCUGUCCGUCGGCAAAGAAUUACGAUUCAGUUGUUUAUCAAUACUCAUCCAUACUAUUCACAUUAAACUGCAAUUAUUUAUGAGGAGGCCACCUGUACUAUACGAUACGUUAUCUACCUAUUAAAUAAAAUGUUUGUUUCAUU